CCUGGGGAGAAAGCCGACUGCCCGCAUUUCCAAGAGGCCAUGAGAUUGACGCAACAACUUGGUCCGGUGGUUCAGGACGUUCCUACAGGUUCAGAAAUUGAUUGGCCAUGCCUGCAGUCCGAGUAUGACGAAUUGAUGGAGCGUGUGACCGAAUGGAAAGGUUGGUGGGAUCUGUAUGGUGUUACUGUGAUGUGUGACUCAUGGAUAGGACCUACUGGGACAACCAUCGUAAACUUCAUGAUCUCCUGCGAUAGGUGCAUGUACUUUCACAAGUCUGUUGAUGCCACCGGACGCAUGCAGAGUGUUCCGUAUCUCUAUGAAUUGAUUAGGAAGGUGGUUGUGGAGGAGAUUGGGCAAGGCUUCGUAGUUCAAAUUGUGACACAGAAUGGAUCAAACUUCAAGGAAGCGUGCGGGCAACUCAUCAAGGAGUAUCCGCACAUUGUUUGGCAGCCAUGUGCAGCUCAUACUGUUAAUCUCAUGCUGAUGGAAAUUGGAAAUAUCCCCAAGGUUGAUGCGGUGCUCUCCAGUGCCAAGCGGAUAUGUAGGUUUUUCUAUAGUUAUUCUGAACCUCUGCACGCUCAAAUGAAAACCAAGAUUGGUGGAGAGUUGAUCCCACCCAAUGCCGCAAGGUUCGGAACUGACUUUAUGUGUCUACAAAGUUACUGGGAUAACAAAGACAAGCUCAGGUAGUGGAUGAUCUCGAAUGAGUGGGAAGAUGGCCCUUGGAGUAGGGAGGCAGAUUAUGAUUACACGUAUGACUGCUUGAUAAGCUGCUCCUGGUGGGAAGAUGUCAAAUGGGUACUAGAUAGAAUCCGACCACUUUAUGCCAUACUUCAGCACGCAGACUCACCUAAGACUAGGUCAAUUUCUGGAUUUAUGCCUAGAAUGAUUGCCGCUAGGGAUGAAUUACAAUCUCUUUUCCCGGAGGGUUCAGAAGAUUUGAACGAUUUCAUGGAUGUGGUUGACAGGAGGGUUGCAGAUCUAUAUGAUGGCACUCUUAUGAUUGCAGCUGGUGUGCUUGAUCCUGAAGCCCACUACAAGCAUGAUCUUGCAAGCAAUCCAGAUUACAUGCAAGCAUUCACGAUGGCAAUUGAGAAGGUUGCAGAGUCACCUGCAAAUGCAGUGGCGGCACUGGACCAGUUCGAAACUUUUCGUUCUUCUAGCGGGAGGUUUGACAAAGAUAUUGCUCGACGUUGUGCUAGCACAUUGGACCCAGCUUCUUGGUGGUCGUAUUUUGGAGGAGAAGUAAAACUCCUUCAGGGCUAUGCGAUCCGAAUUGUGUCCCGAUGUAUGUCCUCUAGUAGGUGCGAGCGAAACUGGAGCACAUAUGCAUUGAUGCAUGCACAAGCGACAAAUCAGCUUACCUCUGAAAAGCUUCACAAGUUGGUCUAUGUCCGAUACAAUCUUAACCUGCGGUUCGAACAAUCUAAAACAGAUAAGGAAGAAAAGGAUGGCAAGGGGAAAAAAGAGCUCGAUCUUUGCAGAUUGAUGAUGGAUGUUGCACUAUAUGAUCAAGAAAACCCUAUCAUGGAUUGGCUGAAAAACCCCGGGAGUGCAUCCUUGACUUCACUGGAUGAAAAAGAUGAAUGUGAUCUCCCUACACCAUCUAGGGCUGUGAUUGGUAUGUUAUGCAAAGGGAAAUCAAGUGAAGAUGUCCUUGACAAGCCAAUCGGGGUUUUGGAAUUGAAGAGGAACUGCACCCUCUCCAGCAGGAAGCAAAAGAGGAAAAGGGGGAAGAUGGCUACUGAUAAUAAUGGUUCGUUGCACGGAAUGUCUACUAGGAAAAAGACGAAGGAUCUCUCCAGCCUCUAGCCUUUUGCUGGCAGGAAAUUCUGUUUAGAAGUUGCCAGCAAAGCGGGUUGCUAUUCAUGUUAAUAUUCAAUUUCUCUGUUCUACUUCAGCAAGUAUUAAAUGAUCUAUCUAAUUCAAGUGUCAACCUAACACUCAUGACAGUUUUGUUGACUUCUUCUUUAGGUUAAUCUGUCCUGGAUAACCUUUGGAUGUUGUGAAUGGUGGCUAUUCAGAUGGAUCCAACAUUAGCUAAGAGCUGGGGUAGAACGGAUGGCCAGUUCUGAAGCACAAGAGCCUGAAAUCCAAAACAUGGGGUGUUAGAUCUUAGGGUUGUGAUCUCUUGCUGAUUUCGAACUCCAGAUGCUGCAUGCCAACUUGUGAUUUUUAAUGACCUCUCUGAUCUUCUGCCUGUAGUAAGAUGCUAUGUUAGGUACCUUUUGAGAAAUGUUCUAAUGCUCGCUGGUUAUCUAGUUUAAUUUC